AUGGAGCUGCAAGGCCUUGGUCCAGCGUCAUCAGAUAUCUAUGACGCCUGUUCAAAGUGCUCGGUUCUAUUUGCCGAAUACAUCAAAGAACCUUCCACGCACAACAAGGAUGAGGUCGAAGAAUUGCAGAGCAGAUUCAACUUAUGGGCGGCCUACACUGGGGCGUUCGCAGCCGCAGGUGCUUCGUUGGACGACCGGUUGCGGUUCCACGACGAAAUAAAGUUGAUGGUUUUGAAGCUACUUUCUAUGUUGCAGAGAAAUCUUCAAAGUGCGAUUGCAAGGAGACAAGGGAGUCAUACCGUUACCACAAAGGAGGAGACCGCAUCUGGCUUACCGGAAGAGAAGCUCAUGACAGCAGACUCUUAUCAUGGCUUGCAGGCUGUUUCUGCCGCGCUUGAUCGCCUACAUAGGCUUGCCACCGCCAUCCGUCGGUCGUCUGUGAACCGGUCCGAGAAGCUUUCCACAAGUAUGAUGCCGUCAGAGGAAGACGUCUCCUUUGAAGCUUGCAUUUUCCAAUUCAUCCAAGGCCGUUUUUGUGCUGCCAGACCAGGCCUGGUGAAGCAAUUGACUGCCGCUCUGUGCUAUCACAGAAAGCGGCUGCUAUACCAAUCUAGACACAACAAAAAGUUGGCGCACAUGCGACAAAAAGAUGAUCGUAUCAAGCAGGAUCAGCCACUACAGCCACCGCUGCCUCUGAGUAAGGGACCCCAGCUACCGGCUCCAGCGGUCACGGGGGCGGUAGCCGCCAAAAGAAUUGCGUCAAGUGUUGCAUUCUCCAAAACCAAUGCAUCAGUCCCUAGCAUUCUGCGCUUGAAUCGAACUCUAGCUGAACCCCACAAAUCUACUCCGUCAAUUGCAAGCACUGGGACAGUGAGUAUUCCAGGAGAGACAUUCUAUUAUCCUGAUCCACCGAUUCCAGGCGACCGCAAAUAUUUGCCAUGUCCAUACUGUGCAGAAACCCUAGAAGCCUCCAAGUUGGACAUGAAGGAAAGGAGUAAUGUCCAGUUCUGGAGAACCCAUUUAAAUGAGGACCUCAAACCGUAUUUUUGUAUUGCCGAAGAAUGUCGGGAUCCUUUACGGUUCUUUGUCGAUUUCGAAGAUUGGCUCAAUCACAUGACAAACUGUCACUCCCCAGAUUGGCCUAUGUCAAUCCAUGGGGCAGUCUGGAUGUGUUAUAUGUGCUCAGGGCAGCCGCCACAGUUUAAUGAAGUCGCCGAAUUCAAUCUACACAUGAGUUCAACACACGGAAUUCUUACGAAGACACAAAGAAUCGCACGGACAAAACGAGCCAAGAAAAGGGCCCUCCGAGAACGAUGGAUGUGCCCGUUGUGUGACUGUGUCCCUUCGAAACUCGCCAAGAUCAGUCUGCAGGAUCAAGACAGAGAAGCGCGGUCUCUCUUGGAAAGACACAUAGGGUCCCACAUAAAAGCACUAUCGCUACUCUCCUUUCGAUUCCACUUAUCGGAAGAUGACAAGAAUGACUUUUCAGCAGCCUCAACAGACGAUAACGUCUCGGUCGAGGCUCUUCUACCCGAUGCGGAUCAGCAAGUCUCUCAGAAGGCGUCCCACAGCACUUUGAGUGACAGAUCUGCUCAGGGAGACAUCGUUCAGGAAACAGCAAACAUUACCCCUGGCUCUGAGCACUCGACAACUGGAGACGAUGAAGACCUAGAGCCCCCUCAUUUGCUGGGCUCCGGGGCUUGGGAUUUUAUGCCAGACUUUGAACACCUUCAAGAUCAAGAUCCUGAUGUACAACCGGCCGAGGGUAGAGUUACAAGCUCCUACAUACCGGAGCACAAAGAGGACUACUAUUAUGGCCAAGAGCCAGAAUCAUCGCAAAGAUUCACGGACACAUUUGGGAAUUUUGCCCCCACUAACGGCAGGGUUCCCAUCGACGAGGAGCUCUUGGAACUACAGGGAACCUCUAUUCUGCCUGUGCGAGCGUCUAAUCCGUCCGCAUCGCCUGUGCCGCCAGGGAGGCCUGACAUUCCCGCAGAAGAGACGGAUCCCACGGGCAAAGGAAAGGCAGCUGCGAGGUUACCUACCAGAACCAGAGUACCUUCCAAGUCACUGAGCGUGGACCAACUGAAAACAUGGGCCGAGUUGACCCGGAACCAAUCCAAAUUUCGGGGUAAAAAGCACAAAUUGUUAUAUGAAGACGAAUUGAUUCACCAGCUGAAGAGCAGAGACCACAUCUUCGUCAUCGACGAUGGAGAGACGAUGUUUCCGCAUUGGGGCCAACUUCUUUCCCUGUACCAAAACUUGAUCUAUAUGGUAAAGAAGAAGCACCUGGACCCAAAUGGCAGUGAGCUUCAAUUCAUCAUCUCCGAUCAACGCAAAGAAGCCAGACACACGAGCGAGCUGGUUCAGAUGGUGGCCGGCAUGAAAUAUCAGGUCAAGGGCGAGUCCAAUCUAGCUGCGCGCUUGAACAACAUUUUCACCGAAUACCGGAACAAGUUGACCAAGAAAUCAUCCGCACGACCUGUCAGCAUUUAUGUCUUCACCGAUGGAUACUGGCAAGGAGGCAAACAUGAAGAAGUGGUGGGUCAUGCCAUUGAAAAGAUGGUGAGAUUCCUCGAGAAGGAAAACUACCCGGACAACAUGGUCGGCAUCCAGUUUAUUCGCUUCGGAAACGAUCCCGAAGGCGUGGAGCGACUGAGAUGGCUCGACGAGGACCUGCCCAAGGUGAUGAGCCCGCCGAAGAGAGAUAUUUGCGAUACGACUCCGGCAAACGGGAAUGUUUGGAAGAUGCUGCUCGGCAGUAUCAAUGAUUUCUGGGAUGAUUAUCCGGAUACGUGA